CCAAUCUGUCUAGUAUUCGGUAGAGAAAUGAUGUGCGUCAUGCAGUUGAAAUGUUCCGAAGGCUAUAUCUUCGACCAAGUAUCAUGAUACCUAAUUCGUGUCGAUAUCACUCCUCCAGACGUAUUUAAUCGACGCAGUAAUUAUGACAACAAACCAAGUCAUUCCCCGUUUACAUCCUCAGGAAGCAUACCAUCUCGAGUCGUUCUACCUUUGCCAGCAAAAUGGCUCCAAAAAUGUUGCUGAUCUUUUGUGAGGGGACCAGUAUGGACGGUAAUGUGACGGAGCCGGACACCGCCGCUCAGUCCGUCAGAGGCGACGCGAAUGCAGAUGUCGAGAAUUGCGAGAUAAUCUCGUCACCAACCCCUCGUGGAGGCAGCAGUACCAAGCAACAUCCAACGAAUGUUCUUCGUCUAUCACGAUCCGUCAAAUCGCAGACUGCAAAUGGGAAGCAGCAGAUUGUCUUCUACCAAAGCGGAGUCGCUUCGGAGGCCAAUUUCGCGGGAGAUCAAGUGAUAGGGACUACGAUCAUGCGGCUGCUGGGUACCUCAGCUGCGAGCAAAAUUCGUGACGCAUAUGCAUUCAUCGCUCAGAAUUACGAGGAUGGUGAUGAAAUCUGUCUUUUCGGGUUUUCCAGAGGCGCCUACACUGCGAGAAAGCUGUCUGGGUUAAUUGAUCGCAUUGGGUUACUGACACGACAAAAUCUUGGACAAUUCUUCCUGAUUUGGCGUCAACUUGUGGACGGCAAGACUCCUGACAUCCCAAGCGACACCCGACACCCAAGAAUCAAGUGCGUGGGUGUGUGGGAUACGGUUGGGUCGGUGUUCGCAACCGUCGAUGCGCUCGCGAUAACGGAUACAAGUCUUCCGGCAACAAUUGACAUCGCACUCCAUGCACUUUCGCUCCAAGAGAACAGACAGAAAUUCCUGCCUACCUUAUGGACCAUGCCCCAAGGUGGAUUGGCCCCUAACCAGACACUGAAACAGGUGUGGUUUCCAGGAUCCCACGAGGAUGUAGGUGGUGGUCACGAGCGUCGCGAACUCCAAGACAUCGCUCUUUUCUGGAUGGCGGGAGAGAUCAAAUCCUUCGUUGAGCUAGACCUCGACUUCUUGCGAUCGACCAGGCAGCAGAACCCCGACCCCUGGGGAACCUCUCAGCCCCAUAAUGCGUACAUGGAAACCUCCUGGGUAGGGGGGAUAAUUUAUGGUCACGAGACCCGGCUCCAGAGCGGGCAGAUCACCACAACUUCCCCUUUCCACCAGAGUCUCCAGUUCUCUCCUCAGACCCUCACGGCCCCGAAAUAUAUGGUCACCACCAGCAUAAUUCAGAAGCAAUUUGGCACAGGAUACUAUCCAGACUAUCCUCCUUUGAACGAAUUCGAGGAGUAUUGCAGGACAAACUGGGAUAAACAGCCGAAACACGCGAAGCCUCCUAUCUUUGACGACCCUGGCGAUGUCAUCCUGUUUCCGGUCAACUGGACUCCCGGUACCCAGGGCAUAUUACCGCCUUCAGCCAUUGAAGGAGGUCAUGAGUCAAAUGGCGACCUCCUUUAUGUUGCACGUGCUCCAUAUGCGGGUGGUCUUCAUCCAGGCAAAGCGUCUUCGGAGUGCAUGUACAUCAGCUACGGUGGCAAGGAGAUCAUCGUAUGUUCACUCCAUCAUCUCAACCUGCGUUUUGUGACAACUACCGUAUCAGAUCGAUGGCGAAUUUGAAUAUCUCGAGGGAGAUAAGAGCUCCGUUCGCUGGCUUCUCGUUGACGGCCGAUUGUCUCAC